CAUAUUUCCAGGUGCUAGGCAGUGAGAUCACACAAAGGAAAUUCAAAGAAAAGAAUUUCAAAUGAGGAAAGGAACCUUAUAAAUAGGGUUCGCGGGCGCACGUAGCCAUCUUUUCUUUUGUGUGUGGCAGUAAGAACACCUAUUUUCUUUCGACAGUACAUGCAGACGGACUUCGACAUGCAGACGGAGAUUUUCGAGCAGGGAGCCGAUGAGUCGACGGGGACUGAUCCGGCGGAAUCCCUGGUGGGCAAAGUCGCCGCCCAGUCCGCAGAACUUAGGAAGCUUUCUUCCAAGAUGUCUCGGUUUAUGGAUGUUAUGUCCACAAAUCAAAAUGAGACAGUCCCACGUGCGAAGCAUGGGGGCGAUUUACCUGAUGAUGACUUGCUCAGCAUUUUCGCUGAUAACAGUGUAUCUAUUUGUUCGUCGCCAAGCAGGGCGGAUAGUUACGACCCUGAGUUGGAUCUAUUGGAGACACCGGGUGUGGUGGAAUCGAAUGUAGUUUCGAGUUUCUUUCCACCCGAUUGUGACCUGUAUAAGGGCACAUUGGAUUUCAGAUCGCCUGUGUCUGAUAGCCUGGCGGCUCGCAUGACCAAAGCAGUAACGCUUCCUCCGAAGAAGGAAAGCAUUGAGAAGAUUGCUACUCAAUAUCUUACACCGGAGAAUGCUCCAGCGGUUUGCACGCCGAGGAUUCCCCAGGAACUGUGGGGCUCAAUUCCACCGAAUUAUCGUGCUGCCGAUAGUCGUGCACAGAAGUUGCAGACUCAUAUUGUGAAAGGUUUGCUUCCCUAUGCGGAGAUUCUUUCAGAGUUACAGAGCGCGGCUUCGGAGAAGCGCGAUGUGGAUACCAACCGCAUUAAGCGUCUCGCCCUCGACGGUAUCACACUAAGCGGUUUUGCCUCCUACGAAGUGAGCAUGAGGCGUAGGGAAGAAUUGAAGCCCUCUUUUAACCCCAAGUACAAGGGUAUUUGCAGCCGUUCAGUAUCGGUAUCUGAGGGCCUCUUUGGAAGUGAAUUUCAAGCGACCCUUAAAGGGGUCGGAGACUCGUUUCUGGUCAGUCAGAAAAUUUCGCCUCAGAACUUCAGGGGGCGUGCCAAGCGCAACUAUCAGCGACCAGCCCCAUAUCGGCAGGACAAGCGGGAUUAUUCUCGUUUUUCGAGGGAUCGCAACAGCGGCCCAUCUGGAUUUAAGGAGUUUCGCGCCCCAGCGACAGUUUCCAAGGCUCCACAGUCCAAGUACAACGCAGAUCGGGGCAAGUUUAACAAGCCCGGUUUCCCAAAAAACUAGGUCUUGCAGAAGCUUCGGGAGGACAAGGUGGACAUUGCCCUUCUAAUCGCUCCUUUGUGGCGAGCCCAGCCAUGGUAUCCC